UAUGUAUCAAGAAUUAAAGCAUGAUUAUUUAAAAUUCGUUUUGCAGAAAAUAAAAUUAUAAAUAAAAAAGGUGCACCGGAACAUAUAUAUUUCUGUUGAAUUUUGUUUGGGGAUGAUUAUGGAAGGGUUAGCAAGCAGAUCAGAGUUGCGGAAAGAGCUAGAGAGAGAACGCCGCCGUUUAAGGGACCGGCAAAGAAGGCAGUCUAUGAGCCAUGAGGAGAGAGAGAAGCACCUCGCUAGACGCCGAAGAAACUAUCAAUUGCGGAGACAGAGAGCUGAAACCGCUCGGUUAUACACCCCUCCACCUCCCAUUCAAUUUCAAGAAACGAAAAGCAUUUCAACAAUUCACUCGCCAUUAAACAAUUUUGUUUCAAGUUCAAGUCCUCAGUUUAAUGCUGCUGCUGUUGUGGAUCCCCAUCGUGGACAUGAAAGACUAAUGCUGGAAACGAGAAGCUCCCAGAGUUUGGAAAUCCCUGUUCAUAAGUUAGCUAUUCUGCCCGGAAAGGUACGCUUGAAUCGCAUAAAACAUCUGGCCCGAGCAAUUAAUUACCCUGUUUGUAACGGGGUUGCAAUUGGAGGGAUGAUGAAAGAAAACAGAACUUCCAAAUGUUUAGUAUCGAAAAGAUUACGAUUAAGCCGUAUUAAACGCAUCGCUCGGUCAGUAAAUCUUAUUGUGCGUGGGACUUCUAGUCAAAACCAUCAAAGCAUAACAAAAGGGUGAACAUCUCUGUUGUACCCCUGAAGACAGACAGCCUUUUCAAUGAGUUGCACAAAUUUGUUU